AUGGUGCGCAGACUAAUUUAUUGCAAGCAACAGCAAGCAGGAUUCGCCGUGCGCGUUCGUGCAGUGGAGCGAGCCAUUAAAUUAUCAAAUGCUUGUGAUAGUUUGAAAAAUUGCAAUUCAACCAAUGUAGAUCAAUCAUACAUAGAAGUUAAAUAUAGUUCAAAAAUUGUUCAAAAUGAGUACAUUGUUGUUUUUAGUGGUUAUUAUAAAAGUGCUUCUCGUGCUAAAUACAUAAAUGCUGCUUUAAGUUCCACUAAUGUGAAAGACUGGUUAAUUAUAGAACGUAACAAUGCUGCUAGUGAUUAUCCAAGCGAUUUUGAUGUAGUUAAAAUAAAUGAAACUUCUUUACUGGAUGGUCUUAAAGCUUUAAAUAAACAUCCAUCAAUUAAACGAGUUACAUCACAACAUAUGGUGUAUCGGACUCUUAAAUUAGUUACACAAAAAGAAAAUGGGAAAAAGAACAUAAUUGAAAGAGGGAGGUCUAGUUUAGCAUAUAAUAAUUUUUUGAAUAAUCAGGUAAAUCCAGCGAGGCAUAAUGUAAGGAGACUUUUAAGAGCAGCACCACGACAAAUUACUUCAGUAUUGCAAGCAGACCUACUUUGGAAAGCAGGCUUGACUGGAAAAGGCGUGCGAGUGGCAGUGUUUGAUACUGGUCUUUCAUCAUCUCACCCCCAUUUGGCUUCAGUUAUUCGGGAACGCACGGACUGGACGGAUGAUCAUACGCUUGAUGACUCGGUGGGACAUGGGACAUUUGUUGCUGGAAUCAUUGCGGGCUCAGGCAAUGAUUGCGCUGGUUUUGCACAACAGGCGGAUCUAUACGUUUUCAGAGUAUUCACCAAUAAACAAGUUUCAUAUACAUCAUGGUUUCUAGAUGCUUUCAACUAUGCAAUCUUGAAAAAAAUAAAUGUUCUGAAUCUCAGUAUUGGAGGUCCCGAUUUUAUGGACCAUCCAUUUGUUGAUAAAGUGUGGGAGCUAUCUGCAAACAAGGUAAUAAUGGUAAGCGCCAUAGGAAAUGAUGGUCCCUUAUAUGGAACACUUAAUAACCCAGCAGAUCAAAUGGACGUUAUAGGUGUAGGAGGGAUAAAUUUUGAGGAUCAAGUGGCCAAAUUUUCAUCACGUGGUAUGACAACUUGGGAGCUACCACAGGGUUAUGGCAGAAUGAAACCAGACAUUGUUACGUAUGGCACUGGUGUCAGAGGUUCCAGCAUCAAAGGUGGAUGUAGAUCACUGUCUGGUACAAGUGUUGCUUCACCAGUCGUAGCUGGCGCUGUAACAUUGCUUGCAAGUGGUUUUCUUAAAGAUAAUAGAGAUAUAAUAAAUCCAGCAACUAUGAAGCAAGCAUUGGUUUUAUCUGCAAAAAGAUUACGACAUGGGAAUAUGUUUGAGCAGGGGCACGGCAAGUUAAAUUUAGUGAAAGCUUAUCAAUUUCUUAAGAACUAUGUACCUCGAGCAACUCUUAGUCCUAGUUACAUCGAUUUGACCGAAUGUCCUUAUAUGUGGCCCUAUUGCACUCAACCGCUGUAUUACGGCGCCAUGCCUACUAUUGUGAAUGUUACCAUUUUAAAUGGUAUGGGCGUUACCGGCCAAGUGGUGGAAGGACCAACAUGGCAUCCAUACACCUCUCAAAAUGGUCUCAUAUUGAAUAUUUCUCUCACUCAUUCCAAUGUGCUUUGGCCAUGGUCAGGAUGGUUGUCUGUCACAUUUUCCGUAUCUCCUGAAGGAAUUGAUUUUUCGGGACAUUGUCGAGGACAUAUAAGCCUGACUAUUCAAAGUCCACCAGGAAUUGGUGAAAAAUAUCCUAGAAAUAGCACCAUUACGCUUCCAGUUACUGCAAAUGUUAUACCUACGCCCCCAAGACACAAGAGAUUGUUAUGGGAUCAGUUUCAUAGCUUGCGUUAUCCCCCUGGUUAUUUUCCUAAAGACAAUUUGAAGAUAAAAACUGAUCCAUUAGAUUGGAAUGGUGAUCAUAUUCAUACAAAUUUUAAAGAAAUGUAUCAAAGUUUGAGAAAUAAGGGUUACUAUGUUGAAGUUUUAGGGGAGCCCUUCACGUGUUUUAAUGCUUCAAAUUACGGAACAAUGCUGUUAGUUGAUCCAGAGGAAGAAUUUUUUCCAGAAGAAUUAGAAAAACUUAGGAAGGAUGUUGAAAAUGGUUUAUCUCUCGUCAUUUUUGCUGAUUGGUAUAAUGUUUCAGUAAUGAGAAAAGUUCAGUUUUAUGAUGAAAAUACAAGACAAUGGUGGACUCCAGAUACUGGUGGAGCCAACAUUCCCGCAUUAAAUAAUCUCUUAAGUAACUGGAAUGUGACAUUGGGAGACACAGUGUAUCAUGGCUACUUUAAAUUAGGUGAUCAUAAUAUGUAUUAUGCGAGUGGUACUAGUAUUAUUAAUUUUCCAUUGGAUUCAGGAGUAGUUGUAACAAGUUCUUUGAUAGAUCAAGGUCAAGUAUUGUUAUCUGAGAAGUUUAUCAAAGAUGAGACUAAAGAUGUUGCUGUCAUACUAGGUUUAAUGCAGACACAAGUGUUAAAUAGGACCGACUCGAAAACUAACAGUGAUAUCAUCCCAGGAAGACUUGUAGUCUACGGAGAUUCAAGUUGUCUUGAUACAAGUCACAUUGAAAUUCCUUGCUUUUGGCUGUUAGAUGCCAUACUUGAAUACACAACUUCUGGUUACCUGCCGAAUAUCUUUCUAAACAACAUUCCUGAUCAAACACAAGAUUUAUUUGAUAUUUCUUUUGAAAAGCCAACACGCCUGGAAACAUCACGAAUGAAGACCUUCAGCAAAGUUUUAAAAAACUCUAUCUCUUCUGAUGAUAAUUCUGAAGCUUACUCACCAUUACCCACGUGCGCUAGUAGAGUAUGGAAUUUUGCAAAACCAUUAGAUUCCGAUCCUGGAGCCGAAUCUCAUAAAAUACAAAAUUUACUAGAGACGACAAUGGUGCAUAUGGAACAGGCUAAAGCAGAAGAAGAAUAUUUUGAUGAAAUGGAAGAUGGUAAUUUUUGGACUUGGCGUGGAUCUAGAGUUGCUUCCAGCAAACAAGAGGGCAUUAUAUAUAUUAAACCAUUUAUUUUGAUAGUUUUGCUAUUGGCCCUAUUGAUAAUGUGCAAAGUUCGACCUGUUCGUCAAUUUUUUUUGAACAGAUAUCAAUUUAUUGCCAACAUUUGCAAAUAUAUGUUGGAUAAGAAAUAAUAAAUAGAUUAUUUAAUAUAUAGAUACAGA